AUGGCUACUGCAAAUGCCCCACUUGCCCAACCCUCCUUUGAUGUUACGCCCGAAAAGCAGGCUGGUAUCGUUCGCUUCAUCAGCGCGCAGUUGAGCUUUAAGCCCGCCCCUGUUACUGAUGUCGAUCUUACUGGCAAGACGGCCAUUGUUACUGGUUCCAACUGCGGCAUCGGCCUUGAGGUCAGUCGCCAGCUCCUUAAUCUCGGCCUCGACAAGCUUAUCCUUGCCGUCCGCAAUGAGAACAAGGGCAAGGCCGCUGCCAUCGACCUCGCUACUGGGCGCGACCCACCUCUGAAAGACGGGACAAUCGAGGUCUGGAACCUUGACCUUGACUCUUAUGACUCGGUUGUUUCCUUCGGCUCACGUGCUCAAUCGCUUACACGUCUUGACCUCGUCUUCCUCAACGCCGGGAUUGUCCUAGCCAAGCGCGCAUUCAACGAUGAGACCAAGCAUGACGAGAUCGUCCAGAUUAACUACCUGUCUACGGCCCUCCUCGCACUCUCCCUCCUGCCCGCCAUCAAGGCUGCUCGACCCAACCAGCCCGGUCCGACCCGCAUGACCUUUACCUUGUCAAAGGGUGCCGCCUGGUCCAACUUCAAGUUCGACCCCAAUGAAUCCAUCAUUAAAGCUCUCGAUGCUCCCACUAAAGACUAUGACACCACUGCCCACAUGAUGACUUCCAAGCUUCUCGGUCAAUUCUUCGUCGCCGAUCUCGCUAAGCGUGUGCCAUCCUCCCUCGCUAUUAUCAACAGCGCCUCACCCGGUGCCAUUCACGACUCGCAGUUCAACCGUGAGAUCAACCAAACCCUUGCAGGCGCCAUAUUCAAGAGGUUUCACAGACACGUUGCCAACACCUCUACAGUAGGUGCUCAUAUGAUAACCAAUGCUGCACUCAAGCAUGGCGAAGAAACUCACGGACAGUUCUUAUCAUUCCAAAAGAUGGUCCCGAUGGCACCCAUUGUAUACAAGGAGGAGGGCAGAAGAAUUAGCGAGAAGCUCUGGCAAGAGACCAUGGAGGAGCUGGACUUUGCUAAGCCCGAAGAGCUUCUGAUAGCAGCCCUCAGCUGA